AUGAAGAAUUUCCUUAGGCAGGAAACCGACUCAGCUCCUAUGGGUCUAGAAAAUUUGGUGGAUCAGUUCAUCCUAGCUGCUGAAUCGGACUGUGAUGGCCCUUGUGAUGGGCUGACUAGACAAACAAACAUACGGCCGAAUCCGCUCCGCGUGAAAUCGAAAGUACUAGGAAAAAUCCUUGAUGUUCAACUAGAUUUAGCUUCUGCUCUAGCCUCAUUUAGCGGCUUAAUCAGUUAUUCGACGAGCUUCCAUGCAACGAAACAUCAUGGUUUCCAGGUUCUUACUACGGUCUUGAAUUUUGUUGCCCUGUGUGAGCUUUGGGAACUCCCUGAUUAUGGACAGACUGCUCCACAAUUAGGCAGACUUCGCAUUCUGGCUGGGUCCUGCAAAGGAAAGCUGAAGAAUAGCCCCCAAUUCUUUCUGAGGCCGAAGGGACACUUGGUGGAGGGCGUGCAAUACCGCUGCAAUUUUAGUGCAUGUCGGGUCUAUGAUGCAGCCCGUGCUCGGUGUACGGUAAAGGAAUUCAUGAGGUCAGGUAAGAGACAACCCGCAUGGAGCGAUUAUCGCAACCUUGUGCGAAAGAAGGCCGAGCUGCGGAUUGACAUGCGAGAGCGUAAGACAGGAGGGGAGGAGCAUUCCACCGGGGCUUUUGACCUGGCGGAACGGAUAAGUUGGCGGACGCGACGGACAACCGCUUAUGCCAAGCCCCUGCCAAGGAUCAACGGAGGCGGGAAACGGUAUUUAGAAUGUAUCAUUCAGACACCGCGCGGAACUGUGUAUGAUCAUCCAAGGUGCAACAUUCGGUGGAUCGACAACGGGCUCCACCGAACUGGCCUAGCGCAAAAGAGGGAAACCAAAUGUGAACACCCCGCCGCCUCAAGAAUUCAACAAUCUUUUUGCGUACCUUUGGUGAUGUAUCACCAAUUGCGUCCGUCCCAUCCAUUGCAGUGCACCAGCGUCGUCGGCCUCAUUACCUUCGGUGACAGUCCCAAAUCAGGAUUUACGUUCGACGGAAUAUCAAAGAGUUUAGUCACGAGACUGAAUUCAGCAGCUCCCUAUCUACACUGUGGCGCAAGCAUCCUGGGUCAGAAGUGCACGACGAACAGCCCGUUUCCUGGGCGUAAGUCUGCCUUGCGGGGAAAACGCCAUUUUGUCGAUCAACUUUCAUGGCCCCCACGAAAUCAGUUUUGGAUAGAUGAUACGGCCUGCCUACACCGCUGGCCAUUGACAGGUGCUGAAGUGUGCCAAGACAUACUUCAGACGAGGCUAGAUGAAUCCCCCAAACGCGUUUUCUUGCUGCAUCUUCUCAUAAGGCUAGGCUUCACUUUUUUCGGUGUUGGUUUGAAUAGAAGUUGCGAGCUCAUUAGGCGCUCAGCGAAGCGCUUGCAGCCUGAUUUUGAGAAGUUCCACAUUUUGAUACCUUGGUAUGUUCUAGCUGCCUUGGUAACGGAUAUUCCUCGACUACUGGUGUCCUGGGUGAUCUACCAGAAUUAUGAUGACAACCUUCCGAAGGAAUGCCUCCCGCAAAGCCCUCGACAAGUUUUAGAUCCACUAUUUCCGCAUGGAGCUAAAAAGCUUGGUUCAACUACUCACAAUCAACUAUUAUGCCUUGUCAAUGCAUGGAGCAUUUCUAGUUCUUUUGAUAUAGCUUCCUACAACGGGAUCUGUGACUAUCAGAACCGGCCAUGUAAAUGGACGGAAAGACUACCAACCACCUUUCCGUGGCAUUCUCUCGCUUUUAUGACCCGAAGAUGCAUUUGCCUUAUUAGUAUUGAAGGCUUGUAUUUUCGCCCCCCCGCGUUCCUCGUUUCGCAACCGCGCGCUGACCUGAAACCCGGCCCACCCCACAGCUCACAACACCGUCCAAGCUCUACCUCGCCACGACUUUCUCUACUCGCCAAUCUGUCUAGCCACUUUAGCGCACUUCAUGGAUACCAAACACGGCAAAUUAAGGCGGAAAUCUGCCUCGUGGGAUUUCAACUUGAAAUGACCCAACAUCGUGGCUCCUGGAUCGCCACAAAUGUUGAAAUACCGUGGACAUGGGCCUGUCUGGCUAGAGGACAACCGUCCAGUCUCACAUUGAUUGGGCAUUUCUGUGCAUAUCAUCGCGAUUCUCGCAUUGAACACCGGUUACUGCGCAGGGAGGUUCAGCCAACUUCCGAUGCAUGGCAAAGGACGAAAGAAACAACUAAACGUCUUGCAAUCACGGUGCUGCCCUACCUGCACUCCGCUAUUGCAUACUUUGUAAAGCACCAUAUACUCCAGGCCGCCGAAUUAGACGAUCUGAAGGCGAAAACCGCAAUGCGACCCUUCUCGCGAAUCUUAGCACCAAGAUGCUCUACUAUACAUCCAUAA